GAAAGGAGCAAACAGAUAAAAAAAAAAAAAAUAUUAAUAAAAUAAAAAUACAAAGCUCUCUCUUCUCUCUCUGUUUCAAUGGUUGAAAUAUAAAAAUCUCUCUCUCAUUUUUAACCCCUUAAAAAAAAAAAAGGAAUUUCCUUUUGAUGGGUUAUAAGCUUAAUAAAAAGAUGCGAUCUUUUUGAUUGAUUGAUUGUCGGGACUUAAUCUAGACCUCUUGGAUUUGAUCGUGUUUCAAGAGAAGCGAGAAAAUUAGAGAGAAAUUACAAAAGAAACAGAAGAGAUUUUCAAGAUUAGAAUGAACGGUGGCGAUGAGGUCACUGCAGCUCCGGCGGGCCCACCACAGCCGCUGGAUUGGAAAUUUUCUCAGGUCUUCGGCGAGAGAACAGCCGGUGAAGAAGUUCAGGAAGUUGAUAUUAUUUCAGCUAUUGAAUUUGAUAAAAGUGGUGAUCAUCUUGCUACUGGUGACCGUGGAGGCCGAGUAGUUCUUUUUGAGAGGACAGACACAAAGGAUCAUGGGGGAUCCAGAAGGGAUCUGGAGAGGAUGGAUUUUCCUAUCAGUAGGCAUCCUGAGUUUCGUUAUAAAACGGAGUUUCAGAGCCAUGAACCUGAGUUUGACUAUCUCAAGAGUUUGGAAAUAGAGGAGAAAAUUAACAAAAUCAGAUGGUGCCAAACAGCCAAUGGUGCUCUUUUUCUCCUAUCUACUAAUGAUAAAACCAUCAAGUUCUGGAAGGUCCAAGAAAAGAAGGUUAAGAAAAUUUCCGACAUGAAUGUGGACCCUUCCAAAACUGUAGGAAAUGGUAGUGUUGCUAGUUCAAGUAAUUCAAGUAGUGCUAAACCACAUCUUGCAAAUGGAGGUUGGCCAGAGAAGUCAUACAGUUGUCCAAGCAAUGACUUCACUGUCCCACCUGGGGGCAUUCCAUCACUGCGUUUACCUGUGGUAGUAACUAGUAAUGAGACCAGUUUGGUGGCUAGAUGCCGUAGGGUUUAUGCCCAUGCUCAUGAUUAUCACAUCAAUUCAAUUUCAAACAACAGUGAUGGUGAAACCUUUAUAUCAGCUGAUGACCUGCGCAUCAAUCUGUGGAACUUGGAGAUUAGCAAUCAAAGUUUUAAUAUUGUUGAUGUGAAACCUGCAAAUAUGGAGGAUCUAACUGAGGUUAUAACAUCUGCGGAAUUCCACCCCAACCAUUGCAAUAUGUUAGCAUAUAGCAGUUCAAGAGGUUCAAUUCGACUCAUUGAUUUACGCCAAUCGGCUUUAUGUGAUUCUCAUGCCAAAUUGUUUGAGGAACAGGAGGCACCGGGCUCUAGAUCAUUUUUCACGGAGAUAAUUGCUUCAAUCUCAGAUAUUAAAUUUGCUAAGGAUGGAAGACAUAUACUUAGCCGUGACUACAUGACUCUUAAGUUGUGGGACAUCAAUAUGGAUUCGGGUCCAGUUGCAACCUUCCAGGUUCAUGAGUAUUUAAGACCCAAGUUGUGUGAUCUAUAUGAAAAUGAUUCAAUCUUUGAUAAAUUCGAGUGUUGCCUGAGUGGUGAUGGACUACGAGUGGCAACAGGAUCUUACAGCAAUCUGUUCCGUGUGUUUGGUUGUGCCUCUGGCAGUAAUGAGGCAACUACUUUGGAAGCCAGCAAAAAUCCUAUGAGAAGACAAGUUCAGACCCCUUCAAGGCCUUCGAGAUCCCUAAGCAGUAUAACACGUGUUGUAAGACGGGGAGCGGAGAGCCCAGGAGUCGAUGCAAAUGGGAAUUCUUUUGAUUUCACCACAAAGUUGCUCCAUCUAGCGUGGCACCCAACAGAAAACUCGAUUGCCUGUGCUGCUGCAAACAGCUUGUACAUGUACUAUGCAUAAAGAUGGUCCAAGGAGAAAUGUAUUUGCUUGGUUAACUUUUUUGGGUUGCUGUUGGAGAAGAUUUCUUUUCCAUUCCCACCAACCAGUUAGGUGGAGGCUACAUCCGUUUCUCACAUUUCAAAUGCCCCUUCAAUCUGUAACACAUGCUAAUAUCAUAUCAAGGUCCCAGAUGUGGCUGUCGCAGAAUCCGCAAGCAAGCAACUUGUUUUUAUUCCGAGGGUGGGCAGCUAGGUUCUCCUUUUUCUUCCCCCCUCUCCUCCCAACCCUAAAAUUUCAUAAUCUCUUUUUUCCCUUUUUCUCGUAUCUUCUAAAAAUAGAAGAUAAUGUUUCUAAAAAUGUGUUGGGUUGAAGUCAGAAGAAAUUGUGAUUGUAGCUCUUCUACAACAAAAACUAAAGGAUGUUCAAUAUUUGCCACUAGGUCUUAAGGUAAAAUGUAGCUUUUACGCAAAUCUUGGUGGGAAGGAGCUGUUGAAACUUGCAGUGAAAUUUUUUUAUUGAUUCUUUGUCAUGUUUGAAACUUCAUCCUUUUUAGUUCUAAGAUAAAUGUAGAUUUCUCUUUUCCUGUUAUUGAUUCUUUCUCCCUAGGAUUACCAGCUAAAACUACUGACUUGAUUUGCCAAUAGUUGAUGUUAUUUAGUGAUGAGGAUGUUCGGUAUUUGCCGCCUAGUUUCAUGAUCUAUCCUAGUUUUCUUUUCUUUGUUCC